AUGUUGAAUAAUAUAAAAAAAAUAAAUUUUUUAAAAAAAAUAUUAUAUAGGGAAAACAUUAAAAAAAAACAUAUAAAUAAUUUUAAAACAGUUUAUAAAAACAACAUAUAUAUUGAAAAAGUAACGUUUUUAUAUAAAAAUAAAGAAUUAAUACAAAUUAUAGAAUUCUCGAAAAAAGAAAAAUCUCUUUUUUUAUUAGAUGAUAACUUAAAAAUUAAUCAAAAUGGAAUAAAACAUUUUUCGCAUAAAAAACAGAGUAAAUUAGAAUUAAAUUAUGAUAACACUUUUAAAAAAAGAAACAAAAAAAACAGUGUAAAUUCAGAGAAUAUAGGAAAUACAAAUACACAAAUAAUUAAUAAUACUAAUGAAGAAAAAAAGGAGAGUAAUAAAAAGUUACUGGAAUAUAAUAAAAAUGAAAAAAAUGAUUUUUUAAUAAAGAAAAGUGAACAAAAUUGUAAACAAAAGUUAAAUAAUAAUGAAAGCAUUUAUGAAAUAUGUAAUAAUUUUACAUAUGAUAAAAAAAAAAAAGUAUCAAAUAAAAAGUAUAAUAAUCCAAGCGAUAUAUCUAUAAAAAAAAAAAAUUUUAAUACUGUCAAAAAAUAUAUGGAAUCUUUUGAAAAAAAUGAAAAUAAAAAAAGUAAAUUAGUAAUUAAAUAUGAAAUGAAUAAUGUUAAUAAUUUAACUGUUAUUCUAAGUAAGUGCCAACAAUAUAAUUAUGUAAAUUCUAAUUUAUUUGACGAUAUAUGUAAUUAUGUAUACAAAAAAGAAGUAAUAGAAUUAAAAAAAUUAAUAAUAAUCACUAAUAUUUUUAUAAAAUUAGAUUAUUUUAAUAAUGAAUAUUUCAAUUAUUUAUUUUUGGUAUUUUUAAAUAUGCAUUCUAUUUCUAAUAAAGAUUUAAUUUCAAUGAUAGGUGUAUUUUCGAAUUUAAAAAAUAUAAAUACGUACAACGUUUUAUGUUUAUAUAAAUUUAAUUUUAUAAUUUUGCAUAGGUUAUACACAUUCUCUCUAUAUCAAUUAUAUAAUAUACUAAAUUCGUAUUUAAAAAUAUAUAAAAAUAUAAAUAAAUUAGAAGAAAAUGUUAAAAAUAGAGAUGAAAGACAUAUAGAAUUUGAUAGUAAUUUAAUUCAUAAAAAAUAUAGUAAUGAUAAUCAAAAUAAUAAAAUAAAUUCAGAAUCCUUCAAGAUAUUUUAUAAAGUAAACUUUGAAAAAAAAAAAAAAAAUAAAAAGAAUUCUAUAGAUUUUAUAUUUUUUCUUAUUGAAUGUUUAAAAAAGAAAAAAAUUGUAAUAGGAAAUAUUAAUAGAUUUAUAAAUAUUUAUGAUUGCUUAAAUAUAUUUUUCUUUUCAUAUAUAAAGAAUAAAAUAGGGUGUUUUUUUUUAAAAAAAGUCAAAAGUGAAUAUGUAAUAUUUAACAGAAAAGAGAGAAAAAAUUUAUAUAAAAAAAGAGAUGAUAUUCUACGAAAAUACCAAAUAGAAAAUGAAAGCAAGAUAAAUCAAAUUAAUUAUUCUAAAACAAGCAAAUCAAACAUCAAAGACAACAAUAAUAAUAAUAAUAAUUAUAUAAAUAAGAAUAAUGUAUUAAUUGAUAAUAUAGGUAAUGAAAUAAAAAAUAAAUUAAGUAAUUUAAAUUCUAGUAAUUUAAAUGAUAAAUUGAAUAAAUAUAACAUAAAAAAUUCUGAAAUUAUUCAACUGAAAUUAAUAAAAAAAAUGAAAAAGAAAUUGAAUGCACGUAUUUUUAUACCUUUUAUUAAAAUUUACGAUAAUAUUAAUUGUAAUGAUAAUAAUAAAUUAUUUGAUUUUUUUUAUUAUACUUAUAAAUAUAUGAAUUUAAAAUUUGACGAGAAAAGCUUGUUAAUAACAUUAAGUUGCUUUUCUAAGAAAAGUAAAAUUUUAAAUGAUGAAAUUUUAUAUAUGUUAACCUUAUUAAUUGAAAAAAAAAUAAAUUAUUUUAACCAUGAACAAAUAGUAGACAUAAUGAAUAGCUUUUCAAAUAUUAAAAAUAAUAAAAUCUCAAAUAAUAUUCUAAAUUUUUUAAUUAGAUUUUUAUAUAAUAAUAAUAAAAUAAUAUAUUUAAAAGAUAAACAGAUAAAAAUUUUAUUAAAUACAUUAAUAAAAAAAAAAUAUUUCAUAAAUGAAGAUGCAGUUCACUUUAUAUCAAAUUUUUUCGUAAAUCAUAAACCUCAUUAUAAAAAUUUAGAUAAUAUCUAUCAUUAUUUUUUUUUUCAUUUUCAUUUUAAUAAAUUAAGUCAUGAUUUUUUAAACUCACUAUAUUGCACACUUUUAAAUAAAAACAAUAUUAAAUUCGAAGAGUUAAAUAAAAUAUUAUCUUCCACUAUAAUAAUAUCUAACAAUUUGAAAUAUCAGAAAGAAAUAUUUAGAUUAAUUAAUAGUUCUACCUUAUCUAUUUUAAAAAAAAUUUAUAAAAACUCAUUAGAUUUAAAAGAAUUGAAUAAUAUGGUAGAUUUUAUCUCCUAUAUUAAUGGUUUAAUAACAUGUAAUGUUUAUAAAAACUUUUAUUCUAACAUAAAAAAAAAAAUAAUUUCAAAUAAAAAAAAUACUAUUUUUAUUGAUAGUGUUAGCAAAUACAACGGUAUAAAGAAAAUAUAUAAUAAUAGUAUAGAGAACAAUAAAAAGAAUUAUAUAUUUUUUUUAAGAAAUAAUUAUUCAAAUAAACGAAAAUUAUUAUAUUAUUAUUCUCAUAAUUCUUACAAUAAAAUAUAUUUUUUAGUAUUUUCAUUUGAUCUGAGAAUAUUUAUCUUAAUUAAGAAAAUUUUUGAGAAAUUUUUAAAACAGGAAAAUUCUGUUAGUAUUAAAAAUGAAAUUAUAAUACCUCUAAUAAAAACACUGUCUAAUUUGCACGAAUUACAAAUAAAAACAUUAAAAAUAAGAAAAAGUUAUACUUAUUUUUAUAUAAAUAAAAAAUUGAAAUGCAGAAAAAAUAAAAUUACAAACAACUAUUUUUUAAAAAUAAUUAAAGAUAUUAAUCAAAACAUUUUGUUAUUUUUAAAUACAAAAAGUGAAGAAAAUAUAUUUUUUUGUAAUUUUUAUAUGUUGAAAAAUUAUUAUAUCUUUAAUUAUUUAAAUCGUGAGAAAACUAUACACUUAUAUUUACAGAAAAAAAUACACCAAUUAAAGAAUAAUAAAAUUACCACUAAUAAUUUUAUUUUAUGGAUGAAUUUUUUAAGCUCAUAUAAAAUUGAUGAAAUAAUAUUAGAUAAAAACUGCUUAAGAAUAAGAGAAAAUUCUUCUCAAAAUGAAGAAAGAAAAAAUUUAGAUGAAAUAGAAAAGAGUUUGAUAAAAAGUUUUUUAGAAUGUCAAAAAUCAAAAUAUUUCGAAGAAACUAGAGAGCAACUAUUUUCAAUUAUUUAUGAUGAGAAAAAAAAAAAAAAGUCAAGUUUAAAAAAUGUAAUAAAAAAUUUCUUUUUAACUUAUAAAUACAAAGGAUACAAUUAUUUAGAAAAAUUUAGAUAUAAAAACAAUCUUUAUAUUAACAAGAUUUUCAUUAAUUUAGAAAGAAAAAUGAUAAAAAGGAGAAUAAAAAAAUUUGAUGAUAUGAUUAAGUUAAAUAAUAGUUUUAAAAACAUCAAUAAAUACAAUAAAUUUUUAAUAUGUAAAUUUACGAGAACAUGGAAAAAGAAAAAAAAAUAUUUAAUUAUGAAGUCUACAAAUAAGUCAGGAUAUAUAGAACCAAAUAAUUUAAUAGAAUUAUUGUUUAGUACGAUUAUUAUAUCUGUUAGAUAUUUUAUAAAUAAUCAAUUUAAAAAAAUUGAUUCUUCUAUUUAUGAAAAAUUAAUAAUAUUUAUACUUGAUAAAAUGAUUCUUUUAAAAAAGCCCAAAAUAAUCAAUUUAAAUUAUCAUUUAUAUAUUAAGUUUAUUUUAUGCAUCAAUUCAUUAAAAUAUGUAUUUUUUAAAUUAUUUAAAAAUUAUUUUCAUAUAUUAAUGUACUGGAAAAAUAUAAUGUCUAAAAAUAUAGGUGACAAAAAAACUUUUAAAAAUUAUUUUGAUUAUACUCAAAGUGAACAAAUAAAUCAGAAUGAAAAAUUAAAUUUAUUAAGUUUAUCAAUAAAUGAUAAAAAAAAAAAAGAUAUUGAAGGAAGUAGUAGUUUAAUUAAUAAAAAUAAUAAAUUAGAGUGUCAUAAAUCUUAUAUAAAUUUAUUAAAUUUUCCAUGUAUUUCUCAAACAAGAUAUAAAUAUAAAUUAAAAAAUAAGUUUUCAUUUGAAGAUAAUUAUUUUUUUAAAAAUUAUAGUUUCUAUAAGAAUAUCAUUCAUCACAACAUUUAUGAAGAAUAUAGCUAUUUACAAAAUAGUUCUCACAAACUUUAUUUAUCUUUUAUUUACUUAAAGAUGAGAUUAAUGAAGAAAAAAAAUGAAAAAAAAAAAAAAAAAAAAAAAUUCAAAGAUAAAUUUAAGUUAAAGAAAAAAAUGAAUAGUGUAUUAUUCAAAAACAAUAUAAAAAUAGUAAAUGUAAAUAAAAUUGAAUUAUUUCAUAAUCAUAUAAUUAUGGUUGAAUUUUAUGAAGGAAUUUGUACAAAUAUCAAAACUAUUUUUUUUUUCCUAUAUUCUUACUUUAACUUAAGUUCAUUGGUGAAAAACAAAAAAAAUAUAAAUCCCAUAGAAGGCGGUGAGCAAACAUUUUUUAAAAGUGAAAUGGCUUUAAAUUUAUUUUUAGUUCAAAUUAUUUUAAGUAGAAAAUUUCUAAAAGAAAUUAAUUUGAUUCCCGUGUGUUCAGAUAAGUUAAAUAAUAUUCAAAACAAGAAUGAUCUUUAUCAGUAUUUGUCGAAAUUAUUAAGAUAA